AUUUUCUCUUAAAAAAAUUUCUGUUAUCAUUAAAAUAUGAAAGUUUAAGGGAUUGGCGAUUGUCUUUUAAAUUUAACAAAAGUUAUAGAAAUUGAAAGAUAAAAGGGAAGAAAACUAGAGAAGAUAAGAGAAUAAAUGAAUUUAGUUGAUCCGGGAAGAGAAGAAAAAAGAAGGUAUAGAAAAAAGGAAGAUCAAUUCACUUGCCAUUAAAAAGUUUUCUUUGGAAAAUAAAAAAGAAAGUUAAUAGAGUGAUUUUUCAAGUCUUUGAACAACUAGAAAAUCAUUCAUCACAGUUUUAUAAUUAAGUUAAUUUAAAAUUUUAACCUUAAUCGAUAACAUUUAUUUUUCUGAAUUCAUUCAUUAUUUGAAGAAUAUUAUUGACUAUACUUAUAAUAAUUGUGAUUGUCAAAAUUAGUUUAUGAAAAUAAAAAUAUUUAAUUAAACAAGUAUAACUGGAUAAUAGAACAUAUAUUAUCUCUUAAAAAAUAUUAUCUUUUACAGGUAAAAGAGUAAUCUAUCCCAAAUAAAUACACUACAUUCAAAUACAUUCACAGGGUGAAUUAUUAGAUUUUAUUUUAAUUUUGAUUUUGAAAAUUUUAAUUAAUAUUUGUGGCGGUAAUUUUAAAUUAUUGACUUAUCUUGUUAAUGAUGUUGAAAGUUUAGAAAAGAAAUAAACUCCCGCCUUUGGAUCCCUAUAAAAGUAAGAAGGUGAAGGCAAGGCAAAGUCACCAUACAUCAUAAUUCUUGUCCUUAUUCUUUCUUACUCUUCACAAUGAAGUCAUUGCAAAAAAGAAAGAUCAGCCUCAAUCUACUCUCUAUCAUCGUUGAUCGUUUUCUCUUCGAUAACAACUUUUCUCUCACAUGCUCCACUUUUCGUAACGAGGCUUCCUCUCUUAUUGCCAACCAAGAGGUGUCAAAGAGUUUGCUGAGUUUGGAAAAUAUGCUGGAUGAGUAUAUAUGCUUGAAGGAAGAGAAGGCGUCGCUGCAUCAAGAAAGGGUUACGCUGAUGCAAGAGAAAAUCAGGAUUCAGAUGCUGUUGCGAGACAUGCAAAAUGCUGUCAACACAUUCAAUACUUUUUAGGGGCUACCCCCACCCAAUGUUGCAAAGAUGAACGCAAAUCCUGUGAUGGUUCCUCAAUCCAGAGUUCUCCUUCAGGUGUUGCUCCUGUUAUUACUACUCCUCUACCUCCGCAAAACAUGUCUCAUAUACAGUCACUGCCUAUGCGUAUGAAUACCAAUGUGGAAGCAGGAAAGUUCUCUGCACCCAUGAUUAGUGCAUCUGACAGAAAGAGAAGAGAUAGUCAAGCAAUGGAUGUUCCUACAAUUUCAAAGAAGCAUCGUGGUAGACCACCUGGUAGAAAAAAUAAUGUUCAAGGUCAAAACAUACUGCCAUCAUCAUAUAAUACAGUCAAUAACCAAGUAAUUUCUACACCUUGUUCUGCAACUCAAUCAUCGGCUUGGAACUGUGCACUUGGUGGAUCACAGGUUCAAGGAUCUAAUGCAGUCAAUAACCAAGUAGUUUUUACGCCUUGUUCUGCAACUCAAUCAUCGGCUGAGAACUGUGCACUUGGUGGAUCACAAGUUCAAAGAUCUAGAGUUGUUAAAAGCUUAUUCAGUCCUCCUUCAUUUCCUAUUCCAACCAAUUCUCCAGUUUGAAAUACACCUUGCAAAACAAAUCCCUCUCACAAUGAUACAUGUGUAUCCCCUCUCGAGAUUUCUCCGAUUACGACAUGCAAUGGGAAGACUGCAGAACAAUUGUCUUGUUUAGGGAGAAGUCAAUGCAUUUCUCCAAUCAAUGUUGAUUUGGACAAGACAAGUGAGAAGGAUCUCGUAAGUAGCAGGUUGGAUGCUUCUGAUAUGCAUGAGAGCUUAGACAAAUCAUUGCCUAAUGAUGAUGAUGAUGCUGCAUACAACUUUGACAUGGAAGACAUAUCAUCACACAAUUCUUCGGAUUCGGAUAUGGAAAAGUUUGACAAGGAAGACUUAUCUGAAUUCUGCGAAUUCGAAUGUGGAGCCUUCAUUUCAUGAUGACAGUGUCUGAACUCUGAAAUGGAAACAUGGAUUCUUCUAUAUUUUUUUUUUUAAUAUUUUUUUAGCUUUGUAUUCAUUAUUCAGUGAUAAAAAUAAAACCCACAAAGGAAUUUGGAAAUGAUGCUGCGAGUGCAACGUUGGCUAUAUCUUAUUUGAUCUUAUAUCACCUUAUUGUUUAGUUUGGUCUAGUGAAAAACUUGGGCCGUAGUGUAUGGGAUGGCAAGUUGAGGUUGA